UGAUGGUGAUCAAACAUGGAUCAGUUGCAUGUUUUCAUCAUCAUUCUUGUUGGGUCUGUUGCCAGCAGUCCAGCUCAUAUCUCUGGAUCAGUGUUGAAUCUGACAGUGAGCCCAGGAGACAACGCCACUCUCUAUUGUGACUGCAAACAUUCCACUGGAGAAUAUAUAGUGUGGUACAGGAACUGUUCUCAUGUGAACCAGCCAACACUUGUUAUGACGACAAGAUACCAAUUUGAAAAAUUAGAACUAAACCAUAAAUACGAAGACAAUCUGCAUCCCUUCCCUCGUUUCCACCUGGUGAGGAAUAACUUCUCUCAAUCCUUUGACCUGCUGAUCACGAACAUUAGUGAAUCUGAUGAGGGUCUCUACUACUGUGGAACAGAAGAGGGCAACACAGGGAAGGCUGAACACCAGGAUAAAUUUAUACCUACAAGAUAUGGCAACGUCACAAGAAUGAUUUUAACUUUUGAGUCUAAACAACGUGUGACUGCUCGAAGCUGUGAUCUGUGCUGGACGCUGCUUUUCUCUCUGUGUCCAGCUUCCGCCGUUAUCUCCUCUCUCCUGUCAUCCAGUCUGGUUUAUCACUUCUGUAGGAGAACAGAACCAGAGGUCCACGAGGAAGGAUCUAAUUCCAGUGAUCGCAAAAGAGGAAAUCAGGACGGAGACGUGUGUUACGCUGCCCUGGAGAUCCGACAGCCCACACAGAGACCAAAGAGGAAGAAAACACAGAGUUCUGACUUCAGCACCUAUUCUGACAUCAACACGUGCAGGUCGUAAAGUGUGAUGUGAUGGAACAUAAGAAAACGUUUGACAGCUUUAAUAGUGGUGUUCUUUACAUGCUAUUGGAGUAAAUCAGUAAACCCACAGCCUCAUCCUCUGUCUGUGGUGGUGAUAUCUGACGGGUGUGGACUAACAGCAGUGUGAUGUUGAGUCAACAUACUCAUUCAACCUAAUCUGCAUGUCUAUGGACAGGAAGUGACAAUACACAGAACAAACACCUGCAUGUGUGAACUACGAAAAAUGUAACACCAUAUAUAUAUGUAUAUAUAUAUAUAUACAUAUAUGAUUAUACAAGACGCUGUUGAAAAAUAAGUGACACAAGGACAAAGAGCAACA